AUGGAAUCCCUCGAGACAGCAGGAUACGUAGCCCAGAUGAUUCAACUAGCCUAUAGUGGUUUGCAACAAUCACAAGAGCUCGGACGUAUGCAUGAGCAUGUUCCAAAUAUCCCGUAUCAGGCCCCUGUAACACGUGGUCGUGGUCAUGCUCGUGGAGGUGGUGGGGCUAGAGGGGCUAGUGGCCGAGGUGGUGGCAGUGGAGGCCUCCGUCUAGUAGAUGAGCCUGACGAGCAUGCUACCGAUCCAGCUCUGGCACCAUCUACAUCUCCAGCUCUGGGGCUCGCUCAGGAGCCUGCUCGAAAGACCGCUCGGGAGACUGCUGAGGAGCCAGCUCGGGAGCCCUCUCAUCAUCCAUCUCAGGAGCCCGUCGAUACAAAGGUUCAUUCUUCUGUGUCUGUGGACCCGUCUCCAGCUCUGGCACCAUCUACAUCUCCGGCUUUGAGGCCCGCUGAGGAGCCAGCUCGGGAGCCCUCUCAUCAUCCAUCUCAAGAGCCCGUCGACACACAAGUUCAUUCUUCUGUGUCUGUGGACCCGUCUCCAGCUCUGGCACCAUCUACAUCUCCGGCUUUGAGGCCCGCUGAGGAGCCAGCUCGGGAGCCCUCUCAUCAUCCAUCUCAGGAGCCCGUCGAUACAAAGGUUCAUUCUUCUGUGUCUGUGGACCCGUCUCCAGCUCUGGCACCAUCUACAUCUCCGGCUUUGAGGCCCGCUGAGGAGCCAGCUCGGGAGCCCUCUCAUCAUCCAUCUCAGGAGCCCGUCGAUACAAAGGUUCAUUCUUCUGUGUCUGUGGACCCGUCUCCAGCUCUGGCACCAUCUACAUCUCCGGCUUUGAGGCCCGCUGAGGAGCCAGCUCGGGAGCCCUCUCAUCAUCCAUCUCAAGAGCCCGUCGACACACAAGUUCAUUCUUCUGUGUCUGUGGACCCGUCUCCAGCUCUGGCACCAUCUACAUCUCCGGCUUUGAGGCCCGCUGAGGAGCCAGCUCGGGAGCCCUCUCAUCAUCCAUCUCAAGAGCCCGUCGACACACAAGUUCAUUCUUCUACGCCUGUGGACCUGUCUCCAGCUAAGAUUGACCCAUCUUCUCAUGCUGAUGAGAUUCCGACCACACAAAUCCAGCCCCAGAAGAAGCAUGUUAUACUCAAGGGUGCAAGGAAGGGAAAGAAGGAUGAUCGUGACAUAGAGCAUCCUAUUAUUAAGAGGAAGAAGAGCGAUGGAGAUGAUGGUAAGGGUGGUGGGGGUGGUGGGGAUCGCCUUAGGCCUAGGGGGAUUUUUACGAGUGAAGACUUGAGGAAAUUUGCAAUCCAGCAAAUGCAGCCGUCCAAGGCAUUUCAUAAGGACUGGAGGGAUUAA